AUGUGUAUCUCCAGUGCCAUUUGUAGCCAUUUGCUAAUUGACCGAUGGCCGAGGACAUUAUGGCUCCGCUUCGAACAACAAGUUUCAAAUUCGAUCCAGUCUAUUGAGAAUGAAUUCAGUUUACAAACUCUGAACAUUAAUAUCUAUCUAUCUAUCUAUCUAUCUCAGCCUCUACUCAUUUUCUUCCUAUAUGACACUAUCUAUCUAAAUCUUUCCCUAUCUAUAUAUCUUACUAUCUACCCGAAUUUGUUCCUAUCUUUAUAUCUAUCUAUCUCUCUAUCUAUCCGUCCCAAACAUUUCCUAUUUAUCGAUCUAUCCCAAUCAUUUGCUUUCUAUCUAUCUAUCUAUCUAUCUAUCUAUCUAUCUAUCUCUCAUUUCAAUAAAAAUCAAUCUAUCUAUCUAUCUAUCUAUCUAUCUAUCUACGAGUCGGGAGUGGUAAAACGGCGACAAUUUAUUCAUCGCACCUUGUGCAUUUCAUUCACUUCAUAUCUAUCUAUCUAUCUAUCUAUCUAUCUAUCUAUCUAUCCUUGUCAUUGUCGUUUUUGUUGA